GCAAUACGCCGUCGACUUUGACUACCGACGCCGCAGCAGCUGCAGCAGCUGCUCCCGAUCGAGCUACCCAUUCCGGCCCCGCGUCCAUACCCCUGCCCGCCUAAUAUAUGCAGCCCGGAGAUCCGGAAAAAAGAGUACGAGUGUACAGCCCCAUCCACAAGUACGUCCUUCCAUCACCGGGCUUCACGUGAACCCUAGCUAAGCCAGCUAGCUAGCUCUUACGUUCCCGCGUUACGUAGCUACUUCGUCUUCGAUCGGAUCGUCACCGUAGCUUGGCAUGGGCGCUGGUGUUGCUAUGGCGUGCUUCCUCUGCGUCUCGGUCUCGCGGCGGGGGCGCGCGGCGAGGCUGGUGCUGUGGGGCGGCGAGGCGCGGGCGGCCAAGCGCGGGACGCAGGCGGGGCAGGUGAUGCUCGACUUCGCGGGCACCGUCGUGUGCCUCGCCGACGGGUUCUACAUCGGCCGGCCCGCGCCGGUGCUGGCCAUCGAGGACCGCCUCGUCGCGGGGGCCACCUACCUCGUGCUCCCCGUCGACCGCCUGCCGCAGGGCUACGACGCGGUCACCGCCGCGUCCCUGGCCGCGCUCUCCUACGACAAGGCCGGCCCGGCGGGGUCCAUUGCGGGGGGACCCAGGAGCCCGUUCGAGUACGUCAAGGGCGACGACGGCCGGAGGGUGAUCAAGGUCACCCCGGAGUUCCUCGUGAAGGCCGUCACCGCCAGACCGGGCUGCGAGAGUGGGGCUGAGGUCGACGGAGAGGGCGCGUGCGGCGGGGCGCUGUGCAGCACGCCGGAGCUGAGGAAGCACUACGAGCAGCUGGUGGGAUCCGGGAGGGGGAGGGCAUGGUCUCCGCGGCUGGACACCAUCAAGGAACGCAAGGGGAGGAGGCUCGUGGCGGCGGUGAGCCCCGGAAGGAUGUCGCCGGUGGCAGUCAGGUUGCUAGGGCUGGGUAAAGGAGAAGGAAGGCACCGGCCGUGCGGCGCAUCGUCGAAUUCCUUCACUUCGGUGGCGUGUUAGCCCUCAACAGCUCCUUGCUUGUUUCCUUUUGUUUGACGGAAUCAAGCAAUUGGGAGCUGAUUUGUACAAAUUGGGCAACCGACUCUGGAUAUUGUUCAUGACCAAAGAGGCGACCGACUCUGGAUAUGUUCACAACCAAAGAAGAAUUUGUUAAGUAUUGUAGUAUUGUAGUAUUGCUUACUUGAUUUUGUUGGACAAAAUUGUACAGACGUCAGUUCUCAUUUUACAAAGUGAAAUGUGCCAUUAUUUCACUAAUUCAAAUUGAUUGAACACUUUAGGCCAAAAACUCAGGAAAUGACCAGUUUAGAGCACAUACUCAUUUAUUUGUUCAAAUAA